UAUUACAGCUGAUUCAACCGAAAAAAUAGAAAAAAGUAAUCCAUAUCGCUUAAUUCUAUAACAAUAAGAUUGUACAAUGAAAUAAAGAGAUUUUAAAUUCCAAUCAUGCGAUUUCCCUCAAAUAAAACACUAGGAAAAAUAGCUGUUUAUGGAGCAUUUGCCUCCAUUACGGCUGUAAUGUACAUGCGUUAUAAAAUUGAAGAUAACAUUAGAAACUCUGAAUAUUUCCGAAUAGCACUAAAAACCCUAAGACAACACAAGGGUGCGUCGAGUUUGCUUGGUGAACCAAUUAAAGAGCUUGGAUUUGAUUUAAGUGACAGCAGCAAUUUUUCUGACGGGCAAGUUGCCCAGUUUAUGGUUCAUGUAAAAGGUGUUAAAGAUAAAGGUAAAAUGUAUUUCUGGGCGAAUCGGACACCUGAUUCGGGUUGGUUCAUCGAUCGCUUAGAAUUAGAGUUGCGCUCCCAACCUGACAAACGUUUUCUUAUAAAAAAAUCUGAAACAAUGAAAACCUCAGUCAACGGUUAAGUUGUACAUUAAAACAAUUUUCUUCAUUAUGUUAACGUGAGGAGCACCUAAGGGGCCGUCAUAGAGGGCGCUCUAAUCCGAGCCGAGCGCAUAGUUGGCAAAAAAAGAGAAAUUUGCUUCAAAAAAUUAUUAAAAAUAUUUAUUUUAAGAAUACAUUUUUAAGCAUAAACUAGCCAGUAACGUUUGAUAAAUGUCAAUUGUUUCAAAAAAAAAGUUUGCUUGUUUGAAAUUAAUUUUACUAUUCACAUCAUGUUUUGUUUGUAAGUAUUUCAUAUCUUUAUUUCAUUUAUCAAUGCAUUUGCCCUCCAAUACUUAUAAUACAUUAAUUUUAAAAUAUAUUGCAAAAGUGAUUUUGACUUCUUUGCGGCACAAAAGACGAAGUAGGAGAGCGACCAACCUUCAUAUAUUAAAGCAUACACGUAUGCAUGUAUAUAUACCGUCAAGAUUUCAAGGUUACUAAAUCUUCAUGUUGUCGAAAAAGUCCUGAAUUUUUUUUUACUAAAUUAGUACCUUAUAAUACAUUACUUUACUCAUUUUCCGCAUUCAAAGACAAAGGCGACAAUGGUAUGUGAAUUGCUCCAAAAUAUAGCUCUCUAAUGUUACACUCUUAAUAACAGUCACCAGAUAUAUACAUAUAUGUAUAUCGUUACAUGAAAUGCAAAAUAACGUAACAACAUUUUCAGAAAUUUACAGUGGCAUGAAUGAAACACGAAAUAAAAUCGAACAUGAGUGAAACAAAAUAUUAAUAUUGGUUAAGACUGGUUUAUAUAUGACCGCAGAACCAGAAAAUGUUGAACAUAUGUAAUAUUAUGUAUAUAAUUUGAAGUAGUGAAGCGUAAUCAAUAAGACACUCAAUUUCGAUUUUUU